CUCUGAUUUGUGUAGGUAGACUCAACCAUAGUGUUCCUAUCUACAAUUUGGUCUCUGGAGGCAGACAUUUGAAGCAGCAAAAGAAUUGCCAGCUUUUUUCAAAGGAGACAGCGCUGAUGUUACCUGCUGAUACAAACUGAAACUGUGCCGCUCUUCAGGGCACUCAAUUCUGAAGACAUGCACGGUCUACAGCGGACUCAGUGCAGUUGAAGCAGAGCAUUGUGAAGAAGGCAUCCAGCACUGCCUCAGAGCCGGCUGCUGGUGGCAGCUCACCCCUGACACCUUCACACAGUUUCGAGCCUUUUUAGUCUGCCUCUUCCUAACUCAUUUCAGGUAGCCUUGGGCGGGGGCUAGUCUGGACUAGCCUGGGUUUACUCAGCAGAUUCCACCUUGAUACUUUUUGCCAACUUUGAGCUGGAUUUAGCUUUCUCUCUUUGAUUGCCUUCUAGCCUGUCUGCUCCAAGCAAACGUUUCACUUACUGCAGAAGCGAGAGCAAAGCAAAGGUGCGCGGAGAAGAAAUAUGGAGGAAGACAUUUUAUCUCUUAUGGAGGCUCUGACCAUCCAGGCAAGUGACGCAGAUCCAGAUCCUGUGGCUGCAACCUCUGUAGGAGUGGCACCUGCAAUUCAGACUCUCCCUCUUGAAGAUGCUCUGUCCACUGCAUGCCACGGAGUAAACCUGGGACAGAAAACUGAGCAUCAAGAGGAGACAAGGGACAGGUUCAAUUUCAGCCCUUGUCUGAGUGCAACGGACCCAGGCCUAUGCACUAAUGUGGCUCUUGAAGUUUCACCUGGUACACAUGAUGGGGGCAACGUAGGGAAAAAAAGGAGCCGUAAAAGGAGAAAUAAAAUGAAAAGGAAGGUGUAUCUUUCUUGGCCCGUUACACUAGAGACUCGAGAAUCUUCUACAAGGCAGGCUUCUGUUAUGGAGGCUUCGUUCAGGAAGGAGCCAAGAAGAAAGGGGGAGAAAGAGAAGGCAGUGGUUCCUGCUCAGCUGUGGCCCAAACCAGCUAGCACUUGGCUGCCCGAAGCAAGUCCAGUUCAGCCUUCUCUAGAAGAGAUCUCUGUCGCAGCCAGAAAGAAAAGAAAAGCACAGAAGAGACGCCAUUGCAGAAAGAGAGCUAAGAAGAACCAGAAGAUUGAGUCUAGUCCUUGGCCUGUGACAGUUCAGGCAUGGGCUUCUUUUGUAAACCCGGAGCUGGUGCAAACCAGUUUUACAGACUUUUCGCCAGCUGCCGCCGCCGCCACCGCCGCCGGGAUUGAGGACGACAUGUCUGUUUUCAGUUUGUCUAAAGGCACACAGACUAACAUCCCAGGCUCACCUGCACCUCUGCUGCAGGCUUUCUGGGAGGAGGUGGCCCCUGAUGUGAACGCGAAGAGAAAGAUAAAGAAGAAAAAACAUAAAGGGUGGCAAGGAAAGAAGGACAAUGCCCUGGAUCAUACCUGGCCCCUGGAGAUACAAGCAUGGGCACCAUUCCAAGCAGCAGCAGCCCCAGUCCAGGCUCUAAGUGAGGACAUGUCUCUACAGAGGGAAUGCUGGCCCCCACUAAAGAGUGAAAAAGAAAGAGAGUGUUUUCUUCCUUGGUCUGAGGGCACAGAGGAGGGGUCCUUCUCAGCAAUAGCUCCCUUGCAGAUCUCACUGAAGGAGGUCCCUGCUAUGACAUUCGGGCAAUCCAAGACAGAAGAAGCUAAGAGGAGGCCUGAUACCAGAGAGGAGCAAUUCCAGGGCAGUGAGGUGCUUGCCCUGGAAUCCUAUCAAAGUUGGGGAAAUGCAGAGCAAUAUCAGGGGCAUCAGGAUAAAGAUGACUGGGAUUAUAGUAUUUUGGAUAUGCUUACUCAAGCUGAAUGUUAUUGUGGGGAUCCCUUCUCAGAAGAGGGGGACAAGGCUCCCCCCGUCACUGGAAGUGAUGCCUACACCAGUAUUUCCGAGGCAGAGACAGACAGGCAGGAAGCGGAGGAGGAUAAAGGCACAUUUCAGACGCUCUGCAUGGGAAAGUGGGGAGGCUUUUAGGAUACGGGAGAGAAGGGACGUGGAACUGGAAAGCCCUUGCCUUUAGUUGUACAGUGGUCUCCAUGUGGAUGGAAGAAGGAAGUGCUUUGAAUGCUAUUCAGAGAAAGGCUCAUACAAUACAAGCGGCAAAUUUCUCCAUGUUUUAUAGUAAUCACAAUUAUACUCUUGAU